UUGUCAGGACUCAGCUGGCAGGGCCAUGCAGCCUGUUGCCAUCUUUGCUUCGUCCACAGGUGUUCGCGGUUGGCUGGUGGGCGGAGUAGGCGCACCUGCAGCUCGUCAGCAGCACCGGAGCUGCACUAUAAGAUCUGCACUCGGACAGCGGGUGGAUGCCUGAGUGUUACCGUUGUGGUACCUCCUCGUGCUCCUUCGUCCUCCUUCGAGCUCCUCAGUCCUACUCGUGCUGCCUCUUGGGAUUUCCCCGUUCAUCUUGAGUGGAGCCUUGCUUCUCGGACGAGACGCACUCCCGACGACUCCCAGGUUCCAUCCGCUGUCCUGAAUCCUCCGGUGCUGCUCGGACCUCUCGCCCCGCUCUCAGCCGCCCGGACACCUACGACCAACAUUCAGCUGAGUCCACACUGCCGUCCUCCCCGGUCGGGUUUCUUGCACCUCGUGAUCGACCUGGUCCCCGCCGCCCGAGUUCCUGCCCGAGUAUCUUCCUGCCCGCAGAUUAGCUUCGCCGACUAGCAUUCUCGCCUGUGUAAACAAUAAACCUUUUAAAACUUACCUGUCGUUACCGAGUGUGUUUCUGCAUGUGGGCCCGACAUCUCAAGGCAAACAUGACAGAAGAACACUCAGGCCAAAGCGACUCAGCAGGCACACUCGGUGGGGCGCUAGCGGUCCAGCAAGACCAGAUCCGUGGGUUAGAAUCCACUGUCGUAGGUCUGCAAGGCCAGAUACAGAGUUUAGCCGGCCAAAUUAACCAACUCACGGCCAUGCUAAAUGCUAGCCAGCAGGCAGCCGCUCCAGCCCCUCCUACUCCCGCUCCCGAGCCAGUCGUGUUUCCGGUGACGUCACCGCCCGAUCCCCAAGCCUCCUCCCCUGCUCCGGAGAAAUUCUCCGGAGACAGUGGUGACUGCGGAGGAUUUUUGUUCCAAUGUGCCCUAGUUUUUAACCGUUCCCCUCGCUUGUUUGACCAGGAUGACGUGAAGAUUUCUUUUAUUUUACGGCUGCUUACCGGCCGAGCCCUUAAGUGGGCAGAGACCCGAUUCCCUAAUUGCCAGCAGUUUGGUUGCUCUUUUAACGAGUUUAUUUCCGAGUUUAAGACAGUUUUUGCAGCUGAAGUUGAUGAGGUUCAGGACUCUCGGCGACUUUUAGCCCUCCGACAGCGGGGCAGGCGCGUCGCCGACUUCGCUAUUGAGUUUCGCACGGUGGCCGCUGCGGCAGGAUGGGAGCAGCGCGCGCUAAAAACCGUGUUUUUUCAAGCACUAGAUGAGUCCCUCAAGGACGAGUUGAUGCGUCAGCAGGAACCUGCCACUCUUAAUGAGUUUAUCGCUUUGGCUAUCCGAAUUGAUAACCGUCUCCGGGUUCGGUCCAGGAACCGACCCGUGGGUCCGCUCGCUUCCCGGCCGCCUCCUCCCGAGCGAAGCUUUCCUAGACCGGUCGAGUCACCGCUUCCCCCUCCGGAGCCCAUGCAGUUGGGCCGGGUUCGGUUAACCCCUGACGAAAGGGAGAAGCGGAUGACUUCCAAGCUGUGUUUGUAUUGUGCCUCUGCCGCUCAUUUUAUUAAGAACUGCCCAGAGCGGCCAAAAGAGUAGGUCCGCCGGUCAUUCCGGAGGGACCGGCGGACCAGUCCAAGCAAACACUAACUUCUCCUCCGCGACUUUGUUUAAGGGCUGCGAUUGUCUCUUUCCGAGACACUUUUUCGUUUUCCGCUCUGGUUGAUUCAGGGUGCGAUUUUAAUUUAAUUGAUCAAGCUUUUGUUCAACGGGCUGGUUUUGAGACCGUCCCACUUACCUCUCCACUCCAAGUUUCAGCACUAGAUGGUGGAGUUCUGCCCAAGAUUACCCAUAGAACCACGCCGUUAGAGUUGGUCGUUUCUGGGAACCAUAGAGAACGGCUGGUCUUUUUUGUGUUCCCUGUUAAGCACGCGCCCUUGGUUUUAGGUUUCCCCUGGUUACAGCAGCAUAACCCACAUCUAAAUUGGGCAGAGCGGCGAGUUGAGACCUGGUCGUCCAACUGUCACGCCGUCUGCUUACAGUCUGCGGUGCCUUCGUGUCAGACUCCCGCGAAACCACUUAGUCAGGUAGAUCCUGAGCUCUUAAAGUUGGUACCCGAGUGUUACUAUGACUUAAGGC